GGCUGUUUUCGCAGCUGCUUCCUCUCGGUCAGCGCCAGAGACAGCUUCUCCAACUUUGUGUCCCGUCCCAGCUCAGGGUUCCCCAGCCGGGGCAUGUCCCGCCAUGUUCGACCUGAAGGCCGGCUGGAACCUGUCCUUUGCCGGGUGCGGCUUCUUGGGGAUCUACCACAUCGGAGUGGCCAGCUGCCUGCUGGAGAAAGCCCCGUACCUUGUGAAAGGAGCCACCCGGCUGUACGGGGCCUCUGCCGGGGCGCUCACCGCCUCAGUUCUCGCAAGCCAAGCAUGCAUAGCAAAAUGCUGUGAGGACGUCAUUGAGGUGGCAAAGGAAGCUAGGAAGAGAAACCUGGGCCCACUCCACCCAACCUUCAACCUGGUGAAAGUCCUGAGGUCCGGCCUGAACCGGGACCUGCCCUCUGAUGCUCACAUCCUGGCCUCUGGCAGGCUCUGCGUCUCCCUGACCAGAGUAUCAGACGGAGAGAACGUGCUGGUGUCAGAGUUCGGUUCCAAAGAGGAGCUCAUCCAGGCUCUGGUCUGCAGCUGUUUCAUCCCCAUCUACUGUGGACUGAUUCCUCCAUCCUUCAGAGGAGUGCGGUAUGUGGAUGGUGGAAUCAGUGAUAACCUGCCUCAGUCGGAGCUGAAGAACACCAUCACCAUCUCGCCCUUCUCUGGUGAAAGCGACAUCUGCCCUCGGGAUAACUCCACCAGCUUCCAUGAGCUUCGGUUCACUAACACCAGCAUCCAGAUGAACAUGGGGAACCUGUACCGCCUCAGCAGAGCUCUGUUUCCCCCAGAACCCAAGGUCCUGGCUGACAUGUGUCAGAGUGGCUAUAAGGACGCUUUGCGCUUCCUUCAGGAGAACAACUUGCUGAUGCUGGAUUGCCCCAGCCACAGCCUGCCAGACAGCUCCGGAAUCGGUCCCGGCUUCAGCCCCGGCCCCGGCUCCAGCAGCUGCUGCUCCAAGCCUGCUGAGAGCUCCAAGGAGUGGGUGCUGCGUAGACUCCGCCUGCUGCACAACAAGCACUGGUGGCUGGAUGAGCACAUUGUUCUGCCCACCCACAUAAAGAAAGUGUUCUGUGAGGCCUGCCAAGACAAAUCGGGUCUUUAUGCCAGAGUGUCUGGCAUGCUGCCACUGAGAGUUGCUUCUUACAUGCUGAUGCCAUACACACUUCCAGUCCAGUCUGCAUAUUCUGUGGCCCAGAGGUUUGUGGAGUGGAUCCCAGAGGUGCCUGCUGACGUGCGCUGGCUGUUUGGGGUGGCAGGUGACGUGUACAGACAGGCCUGGAAAACCAACGCAGCUGCUGCCAAUAGUGAGCGCUGCCUGAGGAAGUGCUUGAGCGUCCCGCCGCUCCCUUCAGAGCCUGAAAGUCCCACACAGACCAUCGUUCCUGCUCUUUCUUCCUUUGACCUUCACAGCAACUACUGGGACAUCCCAUCGUCUACCUCCUCCUCUCUCACUUCCCCGCCCUCCCCACAGCAAGUCUGCUUCUUUGUUGGCUCACAGGAUGAGGCUCAGAGCCCGGAACGGCCGUGAAAACCUGGACUUUGACUGGACUACAUUCUAAUCCCUCUGGGUGGAGGAAAGGUGUGGUGAGCCUCAUGAGGACUUGGCCCCUCCCACUGGGAGCAAAGAUGUACUUCAAGACAGAGGAAUGUAACUCUACCUGUUAGCUGUAAAUUUGCACAUAUGUAUUUAUUCUAAAGCAUUCAUCUCGAUUCAGAUUUUAUUUUUCUGUCCAUUAACUGAUCUCUCUCUAUGUCAACACAUUGGAGUUUCACUGUGAGGGGUCUUCAGCAAGUGCCUUUAGAAGUCUUUCAUGUAAAUUUUGAGGCGAUGGAAAGUCAGUUCCUUGAAAAACUGAUGAUCAAUUUGUUUGAAGUCUUUAAAAAUGUGGAAAAUAUGGAGUUUGCUUUCAGUGUUUUUAAAAGUUUUAAUAUGUAUGGAAAAAGAUACAAUUUCCGAACUUUAUCCAAUUUUCUAAAAGAUAAAAAACAAAUCGACUUAUAAAUAAAAUGUUUUUAUAUUUACUUUAAAAUAUAAAAAACAGUCUUAGUUUCCAUUGUAUAACUGUUUUUGCUCAAUAAUGCAAACCAUUUACCACACAUUGCCUGUUCUAUGUGUAAAUUGUCACAGCUUAUUUUAUUUAAAUUUGAAAAGUGACUGCUGAAGUGUGUGGUCAGAAAGAUUGGAAUUGUUUAUCUAAACUUUAUUCAGCUUUAAUCUAAUUCAACCGUAACAAUUUCCAUCCAGCCAACAGUAAUACUUGCUAAUAUAAACACAAUUUCAAUCAGUUCAGGGUGUUUUUGUUAUGAGCUGCAGAUCAGAUGAUGACUGAUGAGUAAUAAUUUGGGUUUUAUAAAUAAUGAGUAAAGUCAUUGCAUCUCAUUUGUUUCUGGAAUCCUGGCCUUUCUGUCCUUGAUUACAUCCUGAGCCUACAACAGAACAAUAAUACUGUACCAAUAGUCACACAAACAAUUAAUAGGCUUCCAGUAGAUCUUAAUUACAUAAUAAUAUGAAGUUAAAUAAUGUUACCUUUAUGAUUUUGCCUCUGUAAUAUCAGCCUGGUAAAGCAACAUGUCUAUGCAACAGUCAUGCUGCAGUAGAGUGAGAAUGGUCUUAAGGUCUAAAAUAUGGAUGGGGCUAAACAUUUUCAUAAAUUAUGUUUCUUUUGCUUCUCCUUUUCAAUCUAACAAUGUACCAGUGUACCAAUGCAGUUUGUUAAAACUGCAUUGCUUUAUUUGCACUUAAUCUGCCUAUUAAAACUCUUCAAUACUGUCUUCCUAAGAA